CUGUGACUUCCGUGUUGAGAGGACCGAUUCAGUCGCUGCCGCGGCCUGCCGACGGAGUUUUUCUCGUAAGCAUCAAAGACUGGAGCUAGCGGAUAUUUGACGUAGCGGAUCAAGGUUGUCAGUCCUCACCGGAGUUGCUGGAGAGUUUUCAUUAGGCGCGGCCGGCGAUGUGAGCAGAGAGACGGCGAUGGCGCUGGACGAGCAGACGGCGCUGGUGCUGUCGCUGCAGCUGGUGGCUCUGUGCGCCGUGGCGCUCGGCCUGCUGCUCUACCUGGUGUGCCGCCUGCGCGCCGCCCCCGCCGACGCCGCCCCCGGCGCCGCCCCCGCGUGCGCCGCCCCCGGGCCCGCGCCGCGCGCCGUGCUGGUGACGAGCGCCGAGACGGCGCUGGGGCUGCAGUGCGCGCUGCGGCUGUCGCGCCUCGGCUACCGCGUCUUCGCCGGCGUCUCGCCGCCCCCGGACACCUACGACGCCUACGACGCCCGCCCCGGCGCCGCCCUCGCCAAAGGCAUCGCGCUCGCCGCCGAGUCGGAAGACGACGACGACGAUGACGAGGACGUAGACUCGUCCACUGAUGCGCACAGUGAUGCCGGCGUUUCGCCGGAGACACGUACAGGUACGGUGCCGCCUACAGACGCCGGCCCUGAGGGGACUCCACCCACAGGCGAGGGGGCGGACCCGACGCCUCCGCCCUCAGCCCCAGCGUCGCCGCUCCACACGACGCCACCAGUCGUCGCGACGCCUCCCCCCACCAGACCGGCGUCGUCCCGGGGCAGCCGUCGCUGGAGCGGCGUGCUGGGAGUGCUGCGAGCGGCGGCCAAGGCCCGCGAGGCGACUGGAGCUGGAAGGCUGGUGGCCAUCCCGCUGGACGUGACCAGGGAGGACCUGCUGCACGAGGCCACCGACCUGGUGCGCGCCCACCUGCCCGCCGGCGAGGACGGCCUGUGGGCGGUGGUGAACACGUCGGGGUCGUGCUGCCGCGGCCGGCUGGACGCGCAGGGCUCGGCGCAGUGGGAGCAGGUGCUGCGGCUGAACGUGGUGGGCGCCCUGAGGACGGCCAGGGCCUUCCUGCCGCUGCUCAGGCAGGCCAAGGGUCGUCUGGUGACGGUGGGGGCGAGUCCGCCGGGAGCCGGGCUGGCGGCGACGACGGCGGCGCGGUACGCGGUGGAGGGUGCUUGCGCCGCCCUGCGCCGCGAGCUGGCCCCCCUCGGCGUCGCCGUGGUGACGCUGCGGCCCGAGCCACGCGCGCCCGGCCUGCCCGCCGAGAUGCUGUUCGCCGCGCCCAGCCUCCCUCGCCAGAUUCGCCGGGAAGGAGACACUGUGGUGGACAUCCAGCCAGCAGAGUACAAGUACAAGGAGAGCGACUUCUCGGUGCUGACGCCGCACGCCAUGAGGAUCCUGGAAGAGGCCAUCAGCGCGCCCAAGCCCCGGGACACCUACCAGCUGAGCUCGCGCCGCAAGUUCCCCAGCCUCGGCGGUUUCGUCACCGUACUGAAGAAGAAGAUCAGCAGCCACAGAUACAAGCCGCAGAUCAUGUAGGCCCCCAGUGCCGGAUGGCUUGGGAUAGGGAAAGCCAAAGCAGCACUCCACAAACAGUGGGCAUGUAGUCUAGACGCCAGUCCUACUUGGGAAGACGUUUCACUACAGCAUUUCUCACCAGAAAAAAAUUUCUUGAUGGUAAUUCCUUACCUACUUCACAAAAGUACUGAUAACUUAAAAGAUGUCCGAAUGACAACAUACUGCCGCUCUGACCAACAUUUCGGGUAUUAAAAUAGCACUUUAUUUUGUUUCCGUUACUGCACAGAUUAUGCCAUGAAGCCAAUUUGAUAUGACUGUAUAUAAGAACAUUUCCAAGAGGACAUACAGUGAAACUUCAUUCAUUCGGCAUAACUGAUAUGAGCUGAAAGUCCUUUUUGUUGAGUUGAAAAUCUGCAUUAUUGAUAAAGCUUUCUUCAGGGGGUUAUCAACAGCCGAUAUACUGGAAAAAAUCCUUCUUUUGUGGGUACAUCCGUGUCAUUUUAUUUAUUCUCUACAGGUUUUUGGCACUAGCUACCAUCUUCAAAGCAGGUAAUAAUAUCCAACAAUUGGUAAAAACACAUGUUUUCUAAAUACAACAACAUCAAGUAUAAUGUGUGGCAAAUUAUCACAUUGCUUAUUUCACUGAAUAUCCACUGCAGUAGAUUUAUACAACAAAAGUUUGCCAAUAUGUACACAUUUGAUCUUAACACCAAAUAAUCACCACAUGCUCAGUCAUACCAGGAUCUGUAUCCAUGCUCUGAAUGAGCUUGUGGUAGUUAUCUGCUAUUAAGAUGGAGCAUGUACAUGUUAUCACAUUUUGACCAUUUAAAUGUACUAUAUGUGAAUAUGGCAGCCAGUAGCAAAACUCACAGAGAAUAAAUAAAAUUUACAGUGUAUUGUUGAGUUGAAAGUGUGUAUUGUGGAGUUGAAAGUGUGUAUUGUUAAGUUGAAAGUGUGUAUUGUUAAGUUGAAAGUGUGUAUUGUUAAGUUGAAAGUGUGUAUUGUUGACCUGAAAGCCUGUAUUGUUGACCUGAAAGCCUGUAUUGUUGACCUGAAAG